AUGACAGCACAGAAUAUACUAACUCACCUAAUGACAGCACAGAAUAUACUAACUCACCUAAUGACAGCACAGAAUAUACUAACUCACCUAAUGACAGCACAGAAUAUACUAACUCACCUAAUGACAGCACAGAAUAUACUAACUCACCUAAUGACAGCACAGAAUAUACUAACUCACCUAAUGACAGCACAGAAUAUACUAACUCACCUAAUGACAGCACAGAAUAUACUAACUCACCUAAUGACAGCACAGAAUACACUAACUCACCUAAUGACAGCACAGAAUAUACUAACUCACCUAAUGACAGCACAGAAUACACUAACUCACCUAAUGACAGCACAGAAUAUACUAACCCACCUAAUGACAGCACAGCAAACACUAACCCAUCAAAUGACAGCACUCACCCGACAUAUGGUGCAAGUGAACACUGCAUCCCGUGUGUCCUCUCUUGUGCAUCGUUUAUGA